AUGGAGGUAACACAGGAACCAUCGUCACCCGCUGUCAAACCGAGUGCGGCCCGUGGUGUGCAACGGGUGCUGGACAAAUUGCGGGCCUCGGUCGAAGCGAAAAACUUCUACGAGGCACAUCAGAUGUACCGGACGCUUUACUUCCGCUACGUUGCACAGCGAAAGUAUGACGAUGUGCUGGCCCUGCUGUACGACGGUGCGCUGACGAUGCUGGAGCACGAACAGUACAGCAGCGGGGCGGAUCUUGGCUUGCUGAUCAUACAAACGCUCGAGAAAGGUGGCAACGAGAUCGAAUCUACCGAGCAGUGGAUAAAGCGGCUCACGGAGCUAAUUGGCAAAAUUAAACCGACCAGUGUGGAUCGGGAAACGUUGCUCGAAAAAGCAAUGAAAUGGAGCGGUACACUCGUGUCCUCGCCGACCGGACACCCGUUGAUGCACAAGCUGUACGCACAGAUACUCCACCGCGAGGGUGAUCUGACGCACGCCCGCCAACACUUCGCCCAUGCCAAGGACGGUACGAGCUGUGGUUUUUUGCUGAUCGAAAUAAGCCGCACCAAAGGUUUCGCGAGCGAAAUCGACCUGUUCGUCGCUCACAUCGUGCUGCAGCAGCUGGCAAUGAAGGAAACGGUCACCGCAGCGGACACCUUUACCACCUACUGCAAAUUUCACACCAGCAUCGCCUGUACCGAUCCACCGUUCGGUUUGCCGCUGCUUAACUUUCUCUACUUUCUGCUGCAGCUGGUCGAGCAGAACAAUCGGAAGUACGCAACGUUCAAGGCGCUGUGCGAGCUGUACAAACCGUCGCUCGAGCGUGAUCCGUCCUACGAGAAGUAUCUGCAGAUGAUUGGUGUCAAAUUUUUUGACGGCAGCCGGUACGAGCAGCGUAACCUCAUCUUUAGCGAUUUGCUGCAGCAAUUUUUUAUCGACCUAGAGGAGGACGAUCUAGACGAGGGCACGAGUCUAGACUACAGGGAUGUUGACUGA